UGUGUCAAUGAGUAAGACACUUCCGUAUUAAAAUAGUUCUUCUACAGACAGUACAGUGUAUUGCUGUGUUUUUAUUUACUUUGUGGAUGUUAUUGAUGUCAGCAUGAGUCAGAUAAAAUAAAGAAUGGCAUCCAAGGCAGACAAACACAGGAAGAAGGGGAAAUCCUCAGAAUGGUCCAAGUCGGGCAGUUUUAUGAACAAACCUGAUAGGGGAUGGAUCCACCCGGACUUCCAGCUGGACAAGGAGGCCGGCAUUUGUUAUGGAGUUCGAUAUAUUGGUUGUAUAGAAGUCAAAGAAUCUAUGAGGUCUUUGGAUUUUGAGACAAGAACUGCACUCGCCAGGGAAGCAAUCAACAGAGUAUGUGAGGCCGCUGGCCUCAAAACAGCCAAGAAAAGAAAGAUUGAUAAGAAGUUGACUAAAAUGUUAGGAGAGAAGCCAAUUUUACAAUAUGCUGGUUCCAAUGUCAACCUUACAAUAUCUACAGAAUGUCUCAACCUUAUGAUCAUGGAAUCAGGGGAGAUAAUUGCCUCACAUCAGAUGCCAGGGAUCUCGUUUGCAUCAGGAGGAGAUGCAGAGACUCUGGAUUUUGUGUCCUAUGUAGCCAAGGAUCUGGUGAAUGGUCGGGCCUGCCAUGUGUUGGAAUGUGGAGGGGGGCUGUCGGAGGACGUCAUUACAACCAUUGGGCAAGCAUUCGAACUGCGAUUUAAGGAGUAUCUGAAAAACCAACCCAAGGCCAUGGAAAUUCCUGAUAGGUCGGACGGUCCCUUGGCUGAGGCUGAUGCCUGGGGAGAUGAUGAGAACGAGUAUUAUAAUGACCGCCCUGAUGCACGCCCACCCUCACCCCCUGUAUCCAAAGCACCGCUCGCUGAAUAUGCCACGCCUCCUUCCAACCUCCCUGUCAGUGAUGGGGUUUACUCCUCAGUGAAAGACAAGAUGUCCAUGUACGACACUCCAAAGGAACAGCCUCUCAUUGAUUUGUCAGACAAAGAUGCCAAUAUGUACGAUAACAAGGAAAAUUCCACAUCCCCUGAUUUUAAACCUGCAGUUUAUGACAACAAAGAGAACUUUGAUAUAGAGCUCCCACCCAGACAUCCUCCUUCCCCAUCUCCCCCAGUGGGUAAUCUGCCUGAUGCCCCACCCCCCAGGUUCAAGGAACCAGCCAAGUCUGUUGAGGAUCCUUUUGACUUGGAGCCCUUUAGUGCUGAAUUACCUCCCCCAAGACACAAAUCCAAACAAAAUGGUGUACAUGAAAAACCCAUCGAGGACAAAGCAGUGUGUGAUACCCUACCACAAAUUAAGGGAACCCCUGUCCCAGAUAGUCCGAACCCCACCGGUAACCUUAAGAGCAUUGCCCCCAUGUUUGAGGAGUGGUAUCACGGUGCUUUACCCAGGAAACAUGCAGAGAAACUUCUACAAAAAGAUGGGGACUUUCUGGUGAGAAAGAGUUCAAGUGACCCUAAUCAGUUCGUUCUGAGUGGAAGGCAAAAUGGCAUGAUCAAACAUUUAUUAUUGGUGGAUCCAGAUGGAGUGGUUAGAACCAAGGAUCACACAUUUGACAGUGUGCCUCAUCUUAUAUCUUAUCACAGAAGUAAGAACUUUCCAAUCAUCUCACAGGAGAGUGUUCUAUAUUUAGUUCGACCAAUCAGCAACAACUACACAAACUGCUGACCAGUUAAAACUGUGGAGACAAAUCAGAAGGACAUGUGAUCAAUUGAACCACUACCUAAUUGCCUGCUAGGUUGCCUUUAGUUAUCAAUUUUCAGAAUACAAAUUAAUAUAUUAAAUUUAUCAUUCAUGUUAAAGUACUGACAAUGAAAGAUGCAUAAUACACAGAUGUCUUUACCACAACGAUGCUUUACACAUUUAAAUUUUGAAGAAAAAAAAACCAAAACAGAUUACACAAUGUAUAUACACAGUAUGCUUAAGUCUUGACCAAAACUGAAACAAUUUAUUAGAUUAUUAAUCUAAGAGUGGAUGCACAAUAAUUGCUUUAAGUACAUGUAGUAAGCACUACCAGAGAGAUCAAAAGAGGGCAGCAAUUUUAUGUGUACAUGCAUGUAUUAACUCAUUUUAUAAACUGCUUGUUUUUCUAUGCCAGUUUAUUCAUUUUCUUCAUUUAAAUUUAUGCUGCGAUUUGCACAUCCUGAAUUCCUUAUUCACAUGAUUGUCAGUCUAUGAAUUUUGAAUGAAAUGUAAAAAUUGUGUACAUGUACAUCCAAAAAAACUGAAGAGCUUUUUACUUACGAGACUACAAAGGUAACUUACGAGUGCAUGUCAUAUCCAAUAUAAGAAUGUACCAGUUUAUAAUCAUUUCAACUCUGAAAUUGCUGCAAGUUUGUGGUUGUUUUUCUCUAACUUACUCAUAGAAGUAGAUGUUUAUUUUAUUGAUCCCUGUAUAAUAUGUACCUGUCUAAAGACCAGGUAAUGGCUAUAGAUGUACCAGUGGUUUUAAACAUCCCAUUACGUGUAUGUUUGUCUUUUAAUACUGAUUUCAGUAAUACAAGAUCAACAGCACAUGUAGUCCGUUUUACAUUUAAGAUGGUAUAACACUGCAGAGCAGUUCAAAUGCAUGUUUUUUACAUGACUAUGUACAUGGUGUUUGGAAUCUUAAAACUGGUAUUAUUAGAGCUAAUUAAGCCUACAAAAAUCCAUACAGUACCUGAAUUUUUGUCUUCAGAUAAUAGAGUCAUGGAAUAAAUAUAUUCUAUAUUUCUGCAUGUUUUUUUUUCAAUGCAAGAUUUCAUAGUUUUAUAUAAAAAUGAGUUUUGUAGUAAAUGUUUUUUUUUACUCCAGUUCAGAAUUUUGAAAAGAGGCAUGUAAUGCAAUGUUUAUGUAUAUAGUGUCAAAUAGAUUUUGUGUAAGUACUAGAUUUAUUUAUAUAUAUCUCCAAGAAAGCGUUCUUUGUUUUUGUUCAGGGGCUGGUACCUAUUGCCAUACAAAAAAAAUUCAAUGUUUAGUCAUGAUUUAUAUGUCCUUCAUUUAUGUAUCACAGCCUCAUAAGUACUUGAGUUCAUUGUCAAGAUUUAACAUAUUGUAUAUGUAUUAAUUGCCUAAGUUUACAUACAAAGGGAUUAGAAACAAAAUUAAAUAACUUACAAUUUCCUUCUUAAUUUAAACCAAAAACAUGUAUAUGACUGAGAGACAGUAUUCUUUUCAAAAGUUUUUUUAUUUCCAAAAUGACAGACAUGUGUUUGGAAUUUCAACCCGAGUUGAUUAGCGGAGAGCUACACUUGACUGCUCUUGAAAUAUGUACUGUAUUCAUUGUUUUGUUAUUCAAUUUUGCGGAAGUUUUGCUAUUUUUUUUCCAUCACAAUUUGCUAUAUAAACUGUUUCUUUUUUAAAUGUGAUAACCAUUAUAUGUGUGAAGUUUUUGUUUAGUCUUCAGUGCUUUUAAUGUUUUUGACUAAUUUUAACUUAAAUUCUUUUCGAAUUUUUAAAAUAAUUAUUUUUCUGAUUCAUGUCCAAGACAGACAGAAAUAUGCUACUUUGGUUUUAAAAGAGAUAUUGUUUUGACGUAUGUAAUUCCAGCAUGCUCAAGGGAACACAAAGUUCAUUACUCAUACAUAUAAAGUUCAACUUUAAAUUUUGAAAAGCAUGCAUAAUUAAAUUACUUCAUUUAAAAGUUGUUUAAUGAACAGAAAGCUUUACCUUAACCACGAAAAGAUCACUUUUUUUUAUUACCUACAUAAUACAUGUACUUGUUGUUAUAAUGCUUAAAACUCACUAAAUAUAUACAAGUAUGAUCAAACAAUGCAUGUGUGUGAAUGUUUUAGUAUCCUUACAUCUCUUUCAUUUGGUUGUGAUUUAUAUUUUUAACAUCAACUAAAUUAAAUUUACUUUCAUUCAAUAAGCUCUUGCCACUUUUAAGUAAAAAGGAAUGCAUGUAUUCAGAGAACCUACAAUUUUCUGUUUUUAAAUGCUUCUGAUGAUAGUGCAGUGAACAGCUAAAUCCUAUUGUGUCUGGUCUUCCAAACUUGUCUUGCCUAGAAAAUGUGGCAUAUACUUCUAAAUGAGGAUUAAGCUGCAAUGUGAAAUCCAUUACAAUCAAGUUCUGGCAUAAAUUAUCAUAUGCUAGAUUAAUCACAGAACUUCAAUUCUCAAGAAUAUUUUUAAAUCUGUACACAAAUCAUUUUUUAAGUACAGAGGAUUUGUUCAGAGUAGAAUCCACUUUAAUGAAGAUAUUGGAGUGUCAAUCAUUUUGUUUGUGCUUUCAUGGGGUGGUGGAUCUUAAUAUUAUAAUCAUACAUCACUGUAUUUGAGUGUGUUAUAAAACACACAGAGAUUAGGAACAUUAACUAAGGAUAGAAAUGUGGUUAAGAUUUUUGUUCAGUUAAAACAUACUGUUUUUAUUAACAGAAGAAUUUGUAUCAAUAUUAUUACAUUGUACUUGUAAUUUAACUAAUACUGUGUAAGUGAUACAUGUACUGGUAUGAGUGAAAUUUAUUGUUACUCUUCAUUUUGUUAAGACUUAUUUUUAGGGCAAAAACCCCAACAAAUAUUAAUUUCAUAAUGAAUUAAUGUUUACUUUUCUAUGUGCAAGUAUGUGAUAUAAAAUGAUUUGUAAAAAACCAAACAA